ACGAGUAAUUCUCUCUCUGGUUAUCUAAAAAUGAGUUCGCAUGAUGAAGCUGAUUCAGGGAACAUUGGUGUUUUCAAUGAUUAUGAAGAUUCUCAACCAGCAACUCCUACUAUGGAACUACCAAGGGUUAUGGCAGCAAAAGCACAGGCCCAAGCUCCAAUAAUUUCAUCAUACAAUGACGAAAUUCGACCAAUGCUUGAUGUCAUUGACAGACUCAGGCUUCUUAUGGUGAUGACAGAAGGCAUACAACUCCCCACAAUAGUUGUGGUCGGAGACCAGUCAUCAGGAAAGUCUAGUGUUCUUGAAUCCUUGGCCGGUGUUAAUCUUCCUCGUAGCCAGGGCAUUUGCACCAGGGUACCUCUCAUUAUCCGCUUGCAGAAUCAUGCAUGUCCAAGGCCAGAGGUUUACUUGGAGUACAAUGGCAAAAUUUUUCCAUCGGAGGAAUCCCAGAUUGCAACAGCCAUAAAUAUCGCAACUGAUGAGGUUGCGGGCCGUGGUAAGAACAUAUGCAACACCCCGGUAACUUUAGUGGUGAAGAAGGAUGGGGUUCCUGAUCUUACCAUGGUUGAUCUUCCUGGAAUCACUAGAGUGCCCGUCCAUGGUCAGCCUGAAAAUAUACAUGAGCAGAUCAGAGACAUCAUCAUGCAGUACAUAACACCUAAGGAAAGCAUUAUCCUUAAUGUUUUGUCAGCCACUGUCGAUUUUUCAACUUGUGAAUCCAUUAGAUUGUCGCAGCAAGUGGACAAGACUGGUGAGAGAACUCUUGCUGUGGUUACUAAGGCCGAUAAGGCCCCUGAAGGGCUUCUCGACAAGGUUACUGCAGAUGAUGUGAGUAUAGGACUUGGUUAUGUUUGUGUUAGGAAUCGUGUCGGUGAUGAGUCCCAAGAAGAAGCAAGGAAGGAAGAGGCCAGAUUGUUCGAAACUAAUACACAUUUAUCAAGUAUUGAUAAAUCUAUGGUGGGUGUUCCAGUGUUGGCCCAAAAGCUUGUUCAUAUUCAGGCUAAUAUCAUUGCAAAGUGCUUACCAGAGAUUGUGAAAAACAUUGGUGCAAAGCUGGCUGCAAACGUUUCAGAGCUAGAGAAAAUGCCAAAGGCUUUCAGUUCAAUUGCUGAGGCCACGCAAGCUCUUAUGAGGAUCAUUGGAGCAGCUAAAGAAUCCAUCAAGAAACUUCUUUGGAGAGGGGAAUUUGAUGAAUACCCUGAUGACAAUACAAAGCACGGAACUGCUCGGUUCAUCCAAAUGAUCAAUAAGUUUUCCGAUGACCUUCACAACUGCGAGGAAAGUAAUCUUGCAAAAGACUUUUUAGCAGAAGAGAUCAAGGUUUUGGAAGAUGUUAGAGGAAUCAAACUACCAAACUUCCUUCCAUGCGAAGCAUUCCUCCGUAUCCUACAAAGAAAAAUCGAGAGGAUAUUGCAUCUUCCAAUCGAAUUUUCUGAAAAUGCUUGGGAUUACAUAGAUGAUGUGGUGAUGUCAGUUUUUACGCGCCACUCAGAAAUGUAUUACCUCCUCAAGGUACCCGCCAAAAGAGCUGCUCACAAGCUUGUUCAAAAUAUGAGGGAGCAAUCAAUCAAUAGGGUGAAGGAGAUUGUUGAAAUGGAAAAACUGACAGGCUAUACUUGUAACCCAGAUUACAUGGCGGAGUGGACGAAGCUCAUGAGCCAACAAGACUGUUUCAUAAGUCGAGUAAAUACCGGACCAAACAUGUUGCAGCCGCCUUCCUUGUUGGUUCUUCAAGGUAUUGGGGAAAUUGCAAUUGAACAUCUGAGACAGCAUAAGAAUGGUUUGCUUCUGCAGCAAGCUUUUGACUUGAAGAUGAGAAUGUGUGCUUACUGGAAGAUAUUUAAGGUGAGAUUGGUUGAUUCCAUGGCAUUGCAUUUACAGUAUAGUGUUCAUAAUCUUGUGAACAAUGACAUGGAGGAGAUUGUGAAGGACUUGAUGGGAGCAGAUGGGUAUGGAAUUGAGAGGAUGACAAUGGAAUCCCCUGUAAUGGCUGCAAAGCGUGCGAAGCUCAAAAGGAGCAUCGAGCUGUUAAAGGAGUCCAAAGAUAGUGUGGACAAGAUCAUGGACAGGAUUGCUGUUUAUGACUAUUAACUACUUAAGUUGUUUUUUUUUUCAAAUCAAAUUUAUGUCUUAAUGCUUUGCUUUAUAGCGUGCUUU